CCCCACCCCCACCCCCACUCAGCCCAGUAACCGGAUCCUGCUCAGCCCAUGGCUAAGGUGUCACCAUCAAUAAUUGAGCGCAGAGCAGAGCCCGGCUGGGGACCCGGGGACACACUGAGCACAACCAGAGGUGGGGGACCACCCCUGCAGCCCGGAACCUCCCACAGCUCUCAAGGUUUGGGGUGAGAGGGGGAGCCCGUGCAACCCGGGAUUCGGGGUGGGGGGAGUUGUAGGAGCCAGCAGGGCUGGCCAUGGUGUCCCCCGCCAUCGCUUUGGCCUUCCUCCCCUUCCUCAUCACUCUGCUGAUCCGCUACCGGCACUACUUGGUGCUGCUGUACCGUGCCGUGCUGCUGGGCUGGCUGCAGGACCGCCUGAGCGGCGUGCCCCGCGAGCAGCGUGCCUUCCAGUACGUGCUGACCCACGCCAUCCCCGGGGACCCCCACCACAUCCUGCACACCUUCGACCAGUGGAGCUACCGCUGCGAGCACCUCAGCUGCGUGGGACCCCUCAAAGGGAAGAUCGUGGAGAGGCUGCUGUGUGAGCGGGCGCCGCGCACCGUGCUGGAGUUGGGCACCUACUGCGGUUACGGCACCGUGCUGAUGGCCGCGGCGAUGCCGGCGGGCGCCCACCUCUACACGGUGGAGCCAAACCCCCGGCACGCCUCCGUGGCUGAGAAGGUGAUCCGGUUGGCAGGCUUCGACGAGCAGAAGGUGAGCCGAGGGCCGGCGGGGCGGUGGCAACGCGGGGCAGGGGGAGCUGAGGGUGGUUCCACACAGGUAGAGCUGAUCGUGGGCCCUUCCGAGGAGGUGAUCCCGCAGCUGAGGGCACGGCACGGAUUGCACAACGUCGAUUUUGUCUUCAUGGACCACUGGAAGCGUUGCUACCUGAGGGAUCUGAAGCUGCUGGAGGAGCACGGGUUGCUGGCCGAUAGGGCCACGGUGUUGGCCGAUAACGUGGUCUUCCCCGGAGCCCCCCAUUUCUUACAGUACGCCAAGACGUGCGGGAAGUAUCGCUGCAGGGUGCACCGUGCCAGCCUGGAGUACUGCAGGGCCAUCCCCGAUGGCAUCGCUGAGCUCUGCUACACCGGGGGCCGCUGAGGUGGCGCUGGUGGAAAUCAGAACCUCCUGCUGCUGUGCUCAGUUAUAAACAG